AUGGCUGCUGUGGGCGAAAGCUCUUCGGCUGUGGCGACAUCCAAGCCAGUGGUGGUUAGGGUUAAAAGAAAAUCCUUUCACUCACCAAUUGACGCUUUCUGGCUGGAAAUCAAUGAGAGGCCAUUAAAGCGCCCUCUGGUGGAUUUUGCGAAUCUGUCUAUCUCGGAUAACGUCACUCAGAAAGAGGAAUUGAAUGCCAAGAAGGUUUUUGUUCAACAUGUGGAGACAAUAAGCAUCCCUGAGGUUACCUUUAAUGUUGUGCAGUCUUUCGUGGACCCUGGUUCUAGUGGUGCAUCUGAAUGCAAAUCAAAAGUUGUGGAACGGAAAGAUUUAUUGAAGAAGGACCAUAAACAAGACCAGCUGUUGCUUAAAGCUAAAGAAAAGCAUGAGUCUGCUGCAAAAAAUGCCCGAUUUGAACAAAUAUGGAAGAGCAGGAGGGGAAACAAGGAAUCUGUGCAUGCCAAAGCAUUACAAGAAAUAUGCUACUUCUAUGAUGUUGUUCGUGUUGAUGAAGAGAAAAAUAACAAGGCACAGCAAGAACAUAUGUCCUUGGAGGAUCAAAGACUUCUGUGUAGUUACCUCCCUUUACUAAAUGAGUUUAUUCCUAAUGCUGCUGCGGAGAUUGAAUCUGAUAUGCGAGCUCAUUGUGAACAAGAUGAUUACGUUUAUGAUAUUUACACUGUGAACGGGGAGAUGGAUACAACGGUUGAAGAUACUUCAUAUUCCUAUCCUCUAGUUCAAGUUGAUGAAGAUGAUUAUUAUGAUGGGCCUGAAGAGUCAGAUUAUGAAAGUGAUGACUCAAAUGCUGAAAACAAUCCAUUGAAUGAUUAUCCGGACGAGAUAUCUGAAGAGGAAGAGGAAGAUGAAGAAAAUGAAGCCUCCGAUAAUGAUUCAGAUGAACGUGAAAGCAAGAAUGCUAGUGAUGAAUCAUCAGAGGAGGAUUUUCGUCACGUUUUCUCCGAGGAUGUUGAUGUUGAUCCAUUUAAUGAUGAGGACUUUGAUGAUGAUUAUGAUGCAGGCGACCACGAUAUUGAUGGUGUGGAUGAUGAGGAUGAUGAGGAUUUGAGGUGGUCUUACCGAUAGGUUGGCUUUAGCAGUCCG